CUGUUCUUAAAGAAUAAACACCUAGAAGAUGAAGUGAAAGAACACCUAUUCUUUAAGAAUGAACACCAAGAAGAUGAAGUAAAGGAACACCUGAUCUUAAAGAAUGAACACCUAGAAGAUGAAGUGAAAGAACACCUAUUCUUUAAGAAUGAACACCAAGAAGAUGAAGUAAAGGAACAUCUGAUCUUAAAGAAUGAACACCUAGAAGAUGAAGUGAAACACCUGUUCUUAAAGAAUAAACACCAAGAAGAUGAAGUGAAACACCUGUUCUUAAAGAAUAAACACCAAGAAGAUGAAGUGAAAGAACACCUAUUCUUUAAGAAUGAACACCAAUAAGAUGAACUAAAGGAACACCUAUUCUUUAAGAAUGAACACCAAGAAGAUGAAGUGAAACACCUGUUCUUAAAGAAUAAACACCAAGAAGAUGAAGUGAAGGAACCCCUGUUCUUAAAGAAUGAACA